GAUAAAACUUGAAAUAAUAGAUUCAUUGAACAGUACAUCUAUGACAUAUUUUGUUCGUGGUAAAAUGUUUUGAAAGAUUAGUUUUCCUAUAAUUUUGUUGUUAUUGUUGUUAGUAGAAGAUAAUUUAAUAACAGGGAGAAAUUCUGUGAUUUUUACAAUUUUAUCCAUUUUUUAUAUAGAUAUAUAUUGAAAAAACAUAAAAAGCUGCCCUACUGUUUACAUAUGACUUCGUAUAUUAAUAACAAAAAUGGAACAACUGCAGACUGCAUUGACAGCAAUUAAGGUAUUGCGCUCAAGUGUUGGCCAAGUUUUUGAUUCCUUAGGAAAUGGAUUGCGUGCUGAUCAUGGGGAAGAAAAUAAAGAAAAUAAAUAUCUACUUGAAUUGCAAGAACUUUUAACAACAGUCAAUGUCAAUCUAAGAGAUGUUGAACAAGCUGUAAGCAGUUUGAAUCCACCACCAGGACCAUUUAAUUUAGCAAGCACGACAUAUCUUAGCCAAGAAACUACACAGGAAAGACAAGCACUGUAUAGUACAUUAGUUAAUAGUUACAAAUGGACAGAUAAAGUUCAUGAAUACAGCAAUGUUGCUCAAGCGUUACUUAGUCAGAAUUCUUUGAAAAGAUCUUAUAAUACCACUAGCAGAGCAAAAAGAGGUAGAAUUCAAACAAGUACUCAUAAUGUUCCUCAACAACAAGUUGAUACGUUAAUAGGCACGUUUGAUAGACUUUUUAAUGAUAUGACAGUAUCUGUAUCUCGACCAUUUGCGUCAAAUGCAGUAUUACAUGUUACACUAGGACAUGUUUUGAAAGGAGUCAUAGCAUUUAAAGGUUUAAUGAUUGAAUGGGUAGUAGUUAAAGGUUAUGGAGAAACUAUGGAUUUAUGGACAGAAUCUAGACAUAAAGUUUUCAGAAAAGUAACAGAAAAUGCUCAUGCUGCAAUGUUACAUUUUUAUUCUCCUACAUUACCUGAAUUAGCUGUUAGAUCAUUUAUGACUUGGUUUCAUAGUUUAAAUAACUUAUUUAGUGAUCCAUGCAAGCGUUGUGGUUUACAUUUACAUAGUGCUUUACCACCAACAUGGAGAGAUUUUCGAACUUUGGAAUCCUAUCAUCAGGAAUGUAAACCAUAAGUAUUCAUAGUAAAAUUUCACAAUUGUACAAAUAAUAAUAAUCUUUUCUAAAAUAUA